AUGACAUACUAUGAUCUGUGUAUAUGUGAGCAAGAUCCAAAUGCCACCAAGGAUAUGUUGUUGUUCUUGACAAAGUUGGGUUAUGAUUCAGUUGCUAUUACACAUACAGUUGAUGGAAGACUCGCCCCUAAAGAUACAAAUAGGAUACCUCAUGUGAACUUGAAUGAGGAGAGCGCAACUACAUCAGGAUGGUUUAGAGUUGGAACGGAUACAAGGAAGAUCAAACAGUACUCGAGAUUGGAGGUGAUAUGUAAGACGGUACAGGAUUUUAAGAUGAUCACUCGUACCAACCCUGUGAUCAUGUCCUACGAUAUUGUUAGUGUCGUGCCAAUGGACGUGAGCAUCUUCAACCUGGCAUGCAACUCAUCCGACAUUGACGUCAUCACACUCACUUCACAUUGUCACUAUGUGGUGAGACCCGAGAAGGUUCGCCAGGCCAUCGCCAAUGGAGUCUUUAUCGAGUUGGCCUACAGCCCCCUCCUGAACGAGGCAGAGGAGCGCGACUACUUCAUCCAGUACGCGUCGGCCAUCAUCAGAUCAUCUUAUGGAAAGAACAUUAUAUUGAGCUCACGUGCCAAGACCCCAAGAGUGAUGCGAUCGCCCUACGACCUUUGCAACCUGGGUCACCUGUUUGGCAUGACAUUCGACCAGGCCAAGGCGGCCGUCACCAAGAAUCCACACUCUGCGAUGCUGCACGGCGCCUCUAGACGAUCACACUUUGGAAUGAUGGCGCUCAAAGACCCAGCUCUGUCCAGUGAGUUGGAGGCAUGGAAGAGAGAUCAACUGGUCGAUGUCAAGCCCACCAACAACACAGUACCACAUCCCAAGCAUAAUAAGACAUCAGCUGAGCAACACGAUGGAAUGAAUAUCGAUGGUGGUGAGGACAGUGAUGAUGAUGAUGAGCCAGCAAAGACCUCAACAUCAACAACAACAUCAGCGUCAUCUUCAUCAGGGUCGAAGACAUCCAAAGGCAAAAAGUAG